CGCGGGGAAGCAAGCACGGCGGAGGACUGGAGGGGUGGGGACCCAGGGAGUGGUGGCGGUCCGGAGUCUGGGCGACGGGGCGUGACGGGGCCGGAAGGUGGCGGGAGGGGGCCGGGCUGGAGCCGGCGGGAGGGCCAGGCCCGGAGGCCCCCACCCUGGCGUUCCCGCCCCCUCCACGACAGAGGAGGAAGAGGAGGAUGCUCUCCAGAUACACUCGGAAGGCGGUGCCGCAAAGCUUGGAGCUGAAAUAUAACUUUUUAAAAAAUCUUUCACAGGAAAGGAAUAACAAAACAUGCUAUUAAUCACCAUCCUCUUCCAGAGCAACUGGAUGAAAUUUCUUCUACCAAUGACAGCCAUGAAAAAGAUACAAGUUCCCAAAGUGAGUCUGACAUCACACAAGAAUCACCUUUUACAUCAGCUGACACUGGGAAUUCAAGAUCUGCUUUUCCAAGCUAUACAGGCACAGGGAUCUCUACAGAAGGCAGCUCGGACUUCUCCUGGGGCUAUGGAACUUGAUCAAAAUGCCACUGAAAAAGUCCAGGCAAUGUUCACAGCCAUUGAUGAGCUCUUGUAUGAGCAGAAGUUGAGUGUACAUACUAAGAGUCUACAAGAAGAGUGCCAACAAUGGACGUGUAGCUUUCCUCACCUCAGGAUUCUGGGUAGGCAGAUAAUCACUCCAAGUGAAAGUUAUGGGCUGUAUCCUAGAUCCCCUUCUGUUGUUUCAGCUUCACAUGAGGCAACACUUUCUCAAGAAAGAGAUUCUACUAUAUUUGGCAUUAGGGGAAAGAAGUUACAUUUUUCAUCUUCUUAUGCUCAUAAAGCAUCUUCCAUUGCCAAAUCCCCUAGCUUGUAUUCUAUGGAAAGAGAAGAGGAAGACUGUGUAAUCUUUUCUGAAGGAAUAAUAGAGGAAUACCUAGCAUUCGACCACACUGACAUGGAAGAGGGGUUCCAAGGAAAGAAAUUACAAGCAGCUCCAGAGAAACAGAAAUUAGGGUACCCUCCCAUUGCUCCAUUUUACUGCAUGAAAGAGGAUGUCCUUGCUCACGUGUUUGAUGAUGUGUGGAGCAAGGUUCUGAGCUGUAUGGAGCAGCUGACACGUAGUCACUGGGAGGGAUUGGUUUCUGAUGAUGAGAGUAAUGUUGCAAUCACCAGACCAGCUUCAGAAAGCCCCUGUGUGCUGAGUGAACCACAACCUUUGAUCUUACCUCGAGUGCCACAGUCGAAGGUGCCGGCCAUCACCUCAAAUCCAAUGAAUCUCUGUCAAGCAGCAAGUGGUCAUCAGCCAAAUGUGAAUGGUCUCUGGGUUCAUGGGAUGCCUCUACAGCCAAGAAAUCUCUCCCUAAUGGACAAGCUACUAGAUCUCGAUGACAAGUUACUUAUGAGACCUGGAUCCAGUACCAUCCUUUCAACUCGAAAUUGGCCAAAUCGAGCCCUGGAGCUUAGUACAUCGGCUCUGUCAUACACAGUGCAGUCUGCCAGGAGACGCAAUCCCCCACCACGUACCCUUCAUCCCAUCAGCACGAGCCAUUCACAUGCUGGAACGCCAAGACCUGUGGAAGAAAUCCUCAGAGGAUCCCGAGUCCCAGUAGCAGCUGAAUCGCUCUCUCCCUCACCAAUGCCCCUGAGUCGAAACAACCUGCUGCCCCCUAUCGGCACAGCUGAAGUGGAACACUUGAGCACUGCGGGGCCACAAAGGCCAAAGAAAACCCAUGGUGACUCCAAUCGAGCUCGAAGUGCAGUGGUGGAUGAGCCCAACCAUCAGCAGCCCCAGGAGAGGCUCCUUUUACCUGACUUUUUCUCCAGGCCCAACACAACUCAAUCAUUUUUGCCAGAUACACAGUAUCAUCAUUUGUGUGCUGUUGAGUAUCCUCAUCAGGCCCGACCUGGUAGGGGAUCUGCAGUGACAGGUGGGACCAUGGCUUUUAUUUUACUACGAUGUGGAUAUGUUAAGACCCUGCCUUUGUUUUCAAUGUUUAUUUUCCCUUCCUCCAGAUUUUAUUAGAUUUUGUUUCCCUACAUCUUUGUAAAUCACCUCAAAUUCCUUUUGGAAAUGGGAUAAUAAUAUAGAGAAGACCUCUAUUGGUCAGAGCCAAGUCCAGAUUUGUUUUCCCAUAUGUAAAUUAACUUCUCACCACUCUGGCAAAGUAAGCUCCCUUUUUUUUUUUAAUCUAAAAAGAGCUAAAUAAGUCAUGUUUAUAACAUUCAAACACUGCAUGAAUUUUAUUAUGUUGGCAAAAUCCAUAUUGCUAUAGAAUAAACUGCUGUGGUCAGUUGACCUGCCAGGCCAAGGUAAAAGAAAAUUCAAAAAUGUCAAGACAUGCUGAGUCUGAGUCCAUCCCAUUAAUUUAUUUCUAAGUCAUAUUCUAUAGAUUGUAUUUUCACAGGAGGGGAGAAAAUUUAAGGAUUAUCUUAAUUCUUCCUAUAAUGAUAUAUUCACGACCAUCAGGAUCAUUCUCAUGUUGUAGGUGAAAUCAGAAGUAUUAGGCAGUUGAAAUGUUUCCUGUUAAUAAGAUUAAUCCACAAGUUACAUUAAAAAGUUAUCUGCCUUGGGCGCCUGGGUGGCUCAGUUGGUUAAGCGACUGCCUUUGGCUCAGGUCAUGAUCCUAGAGUCCCGGGAUCGAGUCCUGCGUCGGGCUCCCUGCUCAGCAGGGAGUCUGCUUCUCCCUCUGACCCUCUUCCCUCUAGUGCUGUCUCUCAUUCUCUUUCUCUCAAAUAAAUAAAUAAAAUCUUUAAAAAAAAAAAAGUUAUCUGCCUCAAACCAUCUCUGUCAUCCAAGUGAAUUCUCUUGUUCAUUUCCUGUUAGCAUUGUUUGGUAGUCUAUGAAUGCUUUCCAUGGAUUCUUUCUUGGAUUAGUCCUCAUAGAGAAGCAAUGCUGAGCUAGAGUUAACUACAUACAGCCUUGUUGACAGUCAUUAACAUUUAGAUAAGUCAAACAGACAUAUUAGUCCUUUUUAAUCAGUAGCCUCUUCUCUAAUAGUUCAUUUUUUAAGAUUUUAUUUGAGAGAGAGAGAGAGAGAGAACGCAAGCUGGGGGGAGGGGCAGAGGGAGAAGUAGACUCCCCACUGAGCAGAGAGCCCAAUUCAGGGCUCAAUCCCACAACCCUGGGAUCAUUACUUGGGCCGAAGGCAGAUGCUUAACCGACUGAGCCACCCAGGCACCCAGUGUCCUCUUCUCUAAAACUAGAUAUCAUAUCUUAAUACAGUUUUUCUGGUUUUAAGUGAUAAAAUAAUGCAAAUGUUUUUAUUGCCUUGAUGAAUAUAUACUUUACUACUUAGUCCCAGUCUCCAAAUUUUUAAGUCCGACUGGUAAUUGGAGCAAAAAAGCCCUUAGAUAUGAACUUGAGAUUACCAAAUCUAGAAUGUCUACUAAUGUUACUCUAUGAUGUCAUCUUUGUCUGACAGGUCCUCACUUACAUGGGUCUACAAAAUCUCAAAACAGAGGUGGACCAGUCUCUAGAACCAGGCAGGCACCGUAGGGCAAAUGAGAAGAACCUGCUCCAGGCUGCAGGGAACAUGUGAGAAAAAUUCAUGGUCAGUGUUCAGUCAUCUUGUGACGCAAAGCUUGUAUACAAGAGACAACUUAAAACCAUCUUCAUGAAGUGUGAAUCUGAUAUAACUGACAGAAAAAAAAAGAGGAUCCGCCAAAGAUUACAUGGAUACUGUUUCCCUCUCCAGUUCCUGUCUUCUUUCAGCAUGUUAAUUUAUUCCAUUGGACUUAAAAUUUGUACCCAAAGAUGUAACAAAUAAUUAUCGCCAAAACUCAUGUUGUGUGUUAACUAUGAUCAGCUCAAUGAUUAUAGGAUUCUAUGAGACUAUACAUACUCAAAAAGCAGCAAAUAAUUGUUUGAUAACAUUAUCACCGGCUUUAGAAUACUUCUGCUUGUAUGAAUUUCUGAAGAGUUGUACUCAUUUUUAAGGCAUGUUUAGGAGACAGAGCUGUCAAAAAUCGGAGUUACUCAUCAAACAGAUGUCAUUCCUAACUUUCUCUUUUAGAUGUCCAAUCUUAUAGGUAAAGAGAUAAUGGAAGGGCUAAGUAACUAAAGACAUAAAUGUGGAGCAUUGGUAUAAAGUAAUUUAUGUAAUAAGUCAUAAUGUAUAUAUAUUUUCAGAUAGGACAGCUCAACCUCACAAGGCCUGCUUCCUAUCAGAUUAUGCUUCUUUUCUUCUUAAAGGACCUAGAGGUCAUAUAUAUAUUUUUUACUAUUAAACUCAUCUUACCAGAUUUUCUCCUUAAACUCUAAGUAAACUUAAAAAAUUUAUAGAAUCUAUUAGU